AUGCCAAGCCGGCUGCAGCGGCGCACAAAGCAGCCCUUUCAUCCACAAGUUGCAAGAGCUUCGGCAGGUGUUUUGUUGUGUAGAUGCUUGGGUCAGCUCGGCUUCCCUCUGGGCUUCAACUGGCUCUUACAAGAUGAGGCCUUGCCGGGCAUCGUGCGAGACGUGGACGUUAACCUGCAACUCGACAUGGGCGAAGAGGAAGGGGCCUUCCAGGCUGCUGCUUCUGCAACAGCGACUAGCAAGGUGCUGCCGGCUGCCGCCUGCGGUAGCUCUGGCGAUCAACGCAAGCACGGCAGCCGACCUAGUGGUCAACAGCUUCUCCCAAGGCUGGCGCUGGGACUUCUGCAGCCGCCCCAGUGCUGCGUUGGCUUCCUCGGACCGUCGCUUGCGACAGGUAAAGCUUAUCUGGCAACGGGGCCCGGAAGCCAGAAAAGCACCAGGCCUUCCGAGAAGCUAGGCGACAGAAGGGAACCUGUGCUUCCCACACGACCCAUGGCAGCGGUUCCAGAACGAGGGCCGACAGCCACGAGCCCAAUGCAGUAUGCCGCUGCUGUGAAGAGGCAUGCAGAUGCUCGAAGAUGGGACGCGGCCUCCUCCCUCCUACACCAGAUGUGGGGCAAUCAUUUGCUCGCAUCGAUCCAAACCACCGAUGCCGUUCUGAAUGCCUGCGGCAGAGCCAAGAAGUGGGAAGCAUGCCUGGACCUUUUCGACGAGAUUGGGCACCGCGGGCUCGUAACAGACAGGAGUUUCAGCAUCGUUAUCAAUGCCUGUGGCAAGGCCAGCAAGUGGCAACACGGCCUGGACUUGUUCAACAGCUUUGAGGGUGGCACAGGUCGAGGUCGGGUGGUUGUGCACAACGCAGCCAUCAGCUGUUGCGAGCGGGGCCAGCAGUGGGAGCAAGCUUUGGUAGUGCUCGCACGGCUGGGCCUGCGGAAGGAAGCAGAUGUUGUCAGCUACAGCGCAGCAAUGAGUGCCUGCGUGCGAUGCGAGGUUUGGCAGUAUGCGCUAGCUUUGCUGGGAGAGCUUGGCCAGCAGAGAUUGCAAGCGGAUCUGAUCAUUCAGAAUACAGCUAUCAGUGCAUGCGAGAAAGGCGACCAAUGGCAAAAAGCCUUGGUUUUGCUUCUGGGACUCAAAAGUCGGAGCUUGAAGGCUGAUCUUGUCUCAUACAGUGCAGCGAUCAGCUCAUGCACGCAGGGCCAGUGGCAAAUAGCACUGUAUCUUCUGGAUGAUGUCUUCACGCAGGGCCUGCCUGUCGACAUCAUCAUCUACAGUGCUGCCAUCAGUGCUUGUGGCAGUGGGGAGCAGUGGGAGAUGGCUUUGUCACUGUUCAUGGGCUUAGCACAGCAACAGCUGGCCAAGAACCGUGUGGCGUACAAUGCUGUCAUGAGCGCGUGCGAGAACAGCGGCCGGUGGCAACUGGCCUUGUUUCUGCUGGCAGAGAUGCUUCAGAAAAACAUGCCAUGUGAGUUGCAGGACUUCAAUGUUGCGAUAAGUGCAUGUGAGAAAGCUUGGCAGUGGCAGGAGGGGCUGCCGUGGCAGCAUGCACUGUCUCUACUGGUAGAUUUGCAGCUGCGCAGUUUCAGUCCCAAUGAGGUGACUUACAGUGCAGCGAUAAGCUCCUGUGAGAAGGGUGGGGAGUGGAAACAGGCCCUGGUGUUGUUGGCAGAUGUCUUCAGGAUGGAGCUGCAACCUAACAGAAUAACCUACAGCGCAGCAAUAAGUGCGUGUGAGAAGGGCCGGCAAUGGCAGUUUGCAGUCUUGAUUUUCGGGCACCUGCUUGCGAGCCACUUGGGGGCAGACGAGAUUGCAUACCAUGCUGUCAUCAGCGCCUGUGAGAAGGGAGGUCGAUGGCAGCAUGCUAUUUUCCUGCUCUCAGAGCUGGGCUCUGGCACUUUGGAGGUGGAUGUCAUCGCUCAAUCCACGGCUUUGCGGGCUUGCGAAGCUUGCGAAGCUUGCGAAGUCGUGGAUCGGGUCGCACAGAUCCAGACCUUACUUUUGGAUAUCCAGGCAGCAAGCUUUCAGGGUCUCGUGGGAGUUGGGAACGGAAUGCCGCUGUCCUUGUCCGAUGGAAAACAGUCAUAG